AUGAGUUCCUUAACAAACCAGGAACCAAAAGCCUCAGCUUUUCCUUAUUUCCUGGUCUUAUCAGUGGCUAUCAAGAAAAGAUCCAGAGUUCCUGGGGUUAUGAUCACUCAGUAUGUUGAGCAACUCCCUCCUGGAAAGUCAACACCUGACUUCACUCGGAAGCCAAUGAACGUGACCGCUCAAAAUGGAAAAAAAGCGUUUUUCAAAGCGAUAGUGAAUGGAGAGCCAGCACCAACUGUAACAUGGGAGCGUAAUAAGGGCGAAGUCACAGACCCAGAAAAAUACAAAACCAGAUAUGAUGAAAGAGCUCAAGAGCACAUUCUGGAGGUAAUCUGUGCAAAACCAGAGGAAGCUGACACCUACAGAUGCUUUGCCACCAAUGAAUAUGGAAAGGCUGUCUGCACUGCAACUCUCAGUGUUAUGGGAGGUGGCUUAAAGAAGAAAAGCCAGGCAGAAACUGAUGCACCACAGGAUUUCAGAUCAAUGCUUAAGAAAACAGUUAUUGUCACCAGAAAAAAACAACUCCCACCAAAAAAAGAAGGAGAAAUUGAUCCUAAGCUCUGGGAACUGCUUCUCAGCGCACCAAAGAAGGACUAUGAAAAGAUCUGUUUUGACUUCGGUGUUACUGACUUUCGCUGGAUGCUGAAGAGACUCAGCCAGAUGAAAAAGGAAAGAGAGGAUGAGCAGGCUAAGGUUGUAGAGAAACUGGAAAACGUGAAACAAAUAGAAGUAACACCCUCUGGAAGAGCUGAAUUUAGCAUGGACAUGAAACUAUGGGAUCCCAACAGUGCAAUUAAUUUGUACAAGGAUGGGACAAUGGUUCCAUAUGGUGAUGAUGAAAAUUCAAAGCAUAGCCUGAAGAAAAUGGGAACAAAGUAUGUUUUCAGCAUCAAAGAUCCUCAGCCAGAAGAUGCUGGAUUUUACCAGGUUGAUGUUGAAGAAUCUAACAUGCUCUCAACUGACUUUCAAGUACCUGAUGUGGAGUUUGCAGCCAAGAUCAAGGAUGUGAAGGUCGUUGAAAGCGAGGAUGCUAUUUUUCAGUGCGUCUUGUCAAAACCCCUCAACAGAAUUACCUGGUCAAAACAGGAUUCGUCAAUUGAACAUGGGGACAAGUGUGAGAUCACUGUCUCAGAGGACAAACUAAUUCACACUUUGAGGGUAAAAGACUGUGAAAUAGCAGAUAAUGGAGCAUAUUAUGCCAUUGCUGGGAUUAAGUCGAGCAAAGCCUCUCUCACAGUGAAAGCUGAUCCAAAUGCUCGUAAAGGGCGUAAGGGCACUCAAACUGGGAAUCAAGAUGACCUGGAUGCAGCCAGACGAGCAAAGGCUGAAAAGGACGCUGCAGAUGCAGCAGCCAAGGCUGCUCUGGGGGAUGGUGGGGAUGGAAAAGAUGGAAUGGACGGAAGAGAUGGUUCUGGAGAUGGUGAUGGAGACGGCAAAAAUAGGAACCUCUUGACAGAUGGAGAUGAUGGAAAUAAAGACGACGAUGCAGGUGAUAAGAAAAAGAAGAGAUCACGAACUGGACCUUUGGUUCCUGACACCGUUACAGAUCGGGGUGUCCAGUUUGUCAGUGGGCUCUCAGACACUCUUGCUAAUGUUGGUGAACGGGCAGAGCUGUCUUGCAAAUUAAGCAACGAAACCUCUGAGGGACGUUGGUAUAAAAAUGGGAAGUUGCUAACCAAUGAGGAUGGGGUAACAAUUAUCAAAGAUGGAGCCUGUCACAGGUUGAUAAUUGAUUGCUGUAAUAAAGAUGAUGCAGCUGUGUACCGCUUUGAAGCUGAGGGCCGUAAAUCAGAAGCAACACUUAAUAUACAAGAUCCACCCAAAAUCGAUGCUGAUGCCCUGGGAAAAUUCACACAGCCGGUCAUUAUAAAAGCAGGUGAAAGUGCAGAAUGGAAGCUGCCAUUCUCAGGCGGGGCACCGAUGAAUAUACAGUGGUACAAGGAUGAUGACGAGCUUUUGCCUGCUCUCAAUGUGAAGAUUGAAAUAUCAGCUACCGAGAGUAAACUCCGCUUAAACAAGUGCCAAAGGAAAGAUUGUGGAGAGGUCAAAAUCAAAAUCAAAAAUGAAUUUGGCACAACAGAGGCAACGUCCAAACUUAUUGUACUGGACAAACCCACACCACCACAGGGACCUGUAGACAUUAUGGAAAGUGCUGUAACAUCUGUUGAGUUCAAAUGGAAACCACCAAAAGAUAAUGGUGGAUGCCCCGUCACAAACUAUAUAAUUGAACGACAACAACUAGGGCGCAAUAAAUGGUCAAAUGUCGGAGAGAUUCCUGGUGGCAACCCAAGUUACAAAGACUCAGAUGUGGACCCUGGGAGGAGAUACAGCUACCGGAUCAGAGCUAAGAACUCAGAGGGCAUCAGUGACUACCUACAGACAGAAGACAUAGCAGCUGGUGUAUUGCGUUAUCCUGGAGCCCCAACAGCACCUAAAGUGAUCAGUGCCUUUAAAGACUGCAUCAAUCUGGCAUGGUCUCCUCCAUGUGAUACUGGAGGUACCAAAAUAGUGGGAUACAAAUUGGAAAAGAAGAAGAAGGGGACAAAUUACUGGAGCCUUGUAAACCAAGACGGGCCUAUCACAGAUAGAAAGUAUGCAGUGAAAGAUGUUUUUGAAGGAGCAGCAUAUGAAUUUAGAGUGUCUGCCAUCAACCUGUCUGGUGCUGGAGAUCCUAGUAUUCCAUGUGACACAGUAAUUGCAAGAGAUCCAAUGAAACCCCCAGGCAAAGUCACAGACCUGAAGUUAACAUCCUCCAAUUACACCACAUUUUCACUGGCUUGGACAAAACCUAAAGAAAUUAAAGGGGUAGAGGACGAAGCCCAAGGGUACUUUGUGGAGAUCAGACCAAUAGAAUGCCUUGAAUGGACCCGCUGUAAUGCCAUCACAAUUACUCUGACUUCCUACACUGUGCUUGGCUUGAAGGCGAUGGCCACCUACUGGGUGAGAGUAAUUGCCACCAAUUAUGGAGGUGAUGGAGAACCUCAGGGCUUUGACAAUUACAUCAUUGCCAUGCCUCCUCCUGUAAAGCCAAAGUUUAAAGAUCGCAAUAUGAAGACCUUUGUGGUGGUAAAAUCUGGAAACACAGUCCGCCUGAACAUCAACUUUGAGGCUUCCCCACUGCCAGAGAUCUCUUGGCUAAAAGAUGGCAUGCCAGUGCUAAAACAUGUAACAAUUACCAACUCUGAUAAAGGCUCUCAACUGUUGAUCCCAACAUCUGAAUGGUCUGACACCGGCAUCUACACCAUAACUGUCAAGAACAUUGUCGGCCAAGAGAGCUUCAAUGUUGAAAUCAGAGUUACAGAUGAUCCCAAGCCUCCAGGUCCAGUGGAGUUGGAUCAGAACAUCUCAGGAACAGUGACACUGUCCUGGACUUCCUCUCCAGAUGAGAAGAGGGAUGACAGACUACACUACAUGGUGUCCAAGCGUGACUCCUUCAAACGCACUUGGAGGACAGUGGCAGACAAUCUGUUCAACAACAAGUUCACAGUUGUCAACAUUUUGCCUGGACGGGAGUAUUACUUCAGAGUAUUUGCUAAAAAUGACAUGGGUCUCUCACCACCUUCUCUGUCCCCUGUGUUUCAAACCAAAAAGGAAAAAGAAAAGUUCAAAGUAAACAUGCCAGAGUCAAAGUCCUUGGACUUUCAGUCCCCACCAUCAUUUAUUAUUCCCCUGAGGAGGCGUACAGCUCCACAGGGAUAUGAGUGCUGUAUGACCUGUGCUGUUAAGGGUGAUCCAGCUCCACGUGUGACAUGGUACUGCAACAAUAUCAGCCUGAACACAAACACCAACUACCACAUCACUAAUGUGUGUGGAGUCUGCUCCAUGCUCAUCCUCAGGGUGGGACCCAAGGACAACGGGGAAUACAAAGUCAUCAUUGAGAACAAACUGGGAACAACUGAGUCCUCAAUGAUGCUGAAUGUCAAAGAGUGAAGAAGAACUGCACCUACUGGACAGAAGCUGAACCAACAGAUGAAUUACUGUGUUUUAAAUCAAUUAGAAGCUUUGUUUUAAAUUUUGUGACAACUUCUUUAUUUUACCUUGUUCCAUUUAACACUCAAAUGAGAAACCAGUUUUGUUUACUUCUGGAAAGUGUUGUAGCCUGUGCUAUCAAACUUAAAAGAUAUUUCACCGCCAUGCUUCCAUUUACUUAAGAUGAGGUCAAAUACACAGCAGAAGGACACGAUUAAUGUUUUAAUUUCUUUGAGUGUUUGAGUCUGUUUUCAAUUAUUUCAAUUUAUAUUACACAAUCCAACUUAAAUCACUUUUGUCAUUACUUAUUUCACUAGCCCCUAAACUGUUUUGUUUGAAUCCCAUGCACAUGUAAUACAGAAGCACUGUUAUUAGUUUAAUGUUAUACUAGCUUAUGUAAAAGGAGUUGUAAAUUCCUGUAAAGUCUUACAUGAUUAAAGAGAGAUUGUUUAAUCUUGAUGUCUGUGUUAUUGUCCAUGUGAAAUUUCACCAUUAAAACACACUUUUUCUUUUUGAAGAUGAAGACUGACAGUUAGCACACACACUUUUAUAUUCUAAAAGGGAAUGGUCUGUGUUUUAAAUGUACAUUUAGUGAUUAGCUUUCCAACAGUGCACUUCUGAAUUUACCUAAUGUUUGGAUUAAGGACUUUUCCUGGGAAGGGAUGAGGAACAUUUUACAAGAGAUGCUAUGUAAAUCCUAUUCAAAACUUACUGACACUAACGUUUCAAUUUCUUAAAGCCUUGAUAUAAAUCAAAACAAGUGAGUUGUAUUGUAACAGAAACCUACAUUUUUUUUUUCUAAAAAGCUAUAUAUGUAUAUUUCUGCUAUAGAGUUGGGCAUUUAAAUACUGGGCUCUGUGGGGAUUUAAUCUCUCUUUUGGAGUCACCCUAAAACGGCCAUUCAAGGAACUGCAGUGUUUGGCAACUCCGUGUUGGCUCCAUUUCGAAGUAACAAAGGUUGCUGCUUGUCUACAUCGCAGUUCCAUGAGGUGCUUGGCAUCAGAAUUGGCACCAAAACAUAAAAAAAGCAGCUUGAGCGCAUUUAUUUAGUACAUUUUUGAGGUACUUGGAAUUAAUUUGAAAGAAUUUGUUUAAUUUUCCUGCACUGCAAUUCAGGGGAAAUGCUUUA